AUGCGUCAAGACGUGUGGAGUCACAUGAAAGGAAACGAGCCAGCAGCUCCAAGUGCAGUUAAUAUAGAAUAUGAAAAUCAAGAACUCACCGUUUCUGAACCAUCGAAACUUGAUGAUCUCGCCGUUGCCGGACCAUCAGGCACCAAUAAUUUCGCCGUGGCGGGACCAUCUAGAGUGAACAAUUUCGCCGCACCAGCAAACAUCAAUAAUGGUGGUUUCGAAAUAAUCGAUCCCAAUGCCGCUGGAUCAUCGGAAAUUGACGCUGUUCCUAGUGUUGAAUCUUUGUUUUCUUUGGAAUCAACGAGGGCUGAAUCAAUUGGUAGCGCUGGUGCCCAGAAACCCGGAGACGGUCAGGAAAUUCUUCAACAAAUGAAGGCAAAAUUUGAUGAAAUAUCUGACAGAAACGAUCGAUAUAGGAUUCUAACUUCCCUUCCCAAAUCCUGGACUGCAUACAAAAUGAUGCAAGAAUUCGGUGUUUCGCAACGAACUGCUCAACGUGCAAAGACAUUACAGAUUGAAAAAGGUUUUAUGAGCACACCGGAGACCAGAGCUUGCAGCAAUGCAUUCAAAUGA